AUGGGGAGUGAGACUGCAGCUCUCAUACUGCAGCUGUCAGACCGCAGCUCUCAUACUGCAGCUCUCAGACUGCAGCUCUCAGACUGCAGCUCUCAGACUGCAGCUCUCAGACUGCAGCUCUCAGACUGCAGCUCUCAGACUGCAGCUCUCAUACUGCAGCUCUCAGACUGCAGCUCUCAGACUGCAACUCCACCGCAGUGCUCCGGGCGCAGGCUUUCUCCUUGCAAGACGUGUUUUAUUCGCUAG